AUGAUUAGGAAUAAUCAAAAAAAGAAAAAAUCAAAAAUUAAGAGAAAGAUUAAUACGGCUUCUAAUUUAAAUGAUAAAAAUAAUGAUAAAUCAAAUAAAGAAAAAUGUGUAAGUAACAACAAUGCACACAAUUUAAGUUUACAUGAUGAAAAAAAAGAGUUCUGUUUGAUUAAUAAUGAUGAAGAUUUAUUUGAGGAUGAUAAAAAUUUGAAGAAAGAAAAAUAUUAUAAAGAAGAAGAUACUUAUAAAAUAGAAGAAAAUAAGGUAAACAAAAAUAUUAAUAAAACAAAAAAAAGUAUAAAUGAUGAUGAUCAAAGUAAUAAUGAGAGUAAUGAGCAAAUAAAAAACCCACAUAUAAUAAAUACAAAUAAAAUAGACACAUAUAAUAAUGAGAUUGUAGGAGAAAAUAAAAAUGAAAAUAGAUAUACUAUAAAUGGUAAUAAUAUAAUAAAGAAUGAAUUAAACUUAAAAAAUGAUGAGAUAUAUGAUAUAUUAAAGUUUAAUAAUAAAGAUAUUGUAGAAGAAAAAGUAGAUCAUUUAUUUCCAUUAGUAGAAGUUGAUCAUAAAUCACUCUUAUGUCUUAAAGAAGCUGAAGAUGAUUUUGUUAAAGAUAUAAAUAAAGAAAUAGAAAAAUUUCAAAAUAAGUUUAAUGAUUUAUCAUGUCUACAAGAUAUAAAACAGAACAACAGUAAAAAUAAUAUUGGUAUUAAAAAGCAAAUAAAUAAAGAAAAAUUUAUAGAAAUUAAUGAAGAUAAUGAAAAAAUAAAAGUUUCUCCAGUAGAGCAAAGAAAAAAUGAAACAAAAACAGAAGUAGAAAUGAAAGGAAAUGAUUUUGAUGAUAAUAAUAAAAUGAUUUUAAAUAAAAACAUUUUUGAAAAAAAAAAUUAUAACCUUUCAUAUAUGCAAAGUGAAGGUAAUAGUUUUUUAAAACUAAAAAGAAAAAUUAAAAAAAAAAAAAAAAAAAAAAUGAAAACAAAAUACUAUCAAGUAAUUAGAGAUUUAUGUUUAAUUAAAAAAGAAGAAAACAUAAAAAAAAAAGGUAAGUAUUAUAUAUUUAAUUAUAACUGUGGAAAUACAAAUAUUCAAUCCAUUACAGGAUAUAUUAGAUGUUACAAAAAUUUCUAUUUAUAUAAAGAGAAAAAUAAUUGUAUAAGAAAAAAAAAAAGAAGUAAUAUUUAUAAUAUUGAAAAUAAAAUAAGAAUAUCAGUUUUACUAUGUGUUAAUGUGUCUAAUUGUAUAUCUCCUUCAGAAUUUUUAGAGUUAUUAUAUCCAUAUGAUUAUUUCAUAUUUUUUUUAAAAGUUUUAAAUAAAAAAAAUAAUGAGGAAUAUAUGAUUUAUUUUUUAACAUUUGAUAUAUAUGCUAAAAAAAUAAUAAAAAUAGCAAAAAAUAUAUUUUUUUUUAAUACAAAAAAAAAAAAAAAUAUAAAAUUAUACCUAGUUAAAGAUAUUACUAUGCACGUUAACUCUAACAUAAAUAAGAAAUGUAAAACUAAUAUUGUUAGGAAGAAACUUUAUAAAAACAAAGAAAAAAGAAAAAAAUAUAUGCAUAAUAAAGAUAAAUAUAUUAAUCCACUUUACCUUAUAUCACAAAAUAAAUUUCAUUUAUCAUGUGCAGUAUGUUUAGAAGCUUUAUAUUCGGAAAAUCUAAGUAAAAUUAUUUCAUAUAUUUUCAAUUUAAAUUUUGAAAAACAAAUAAAAUCAAAUAAAAAAAAAGAUAUAAAUGAUAAUACUUUAAGAAAUGAAGUGAUGAGGGAUAAAAAUUAUGAUUAUAAUAAAGAAAAAAUGAAAUUGAAAAUAAAAGAUAAGAAUAUGGGGGAUAUAACAUAUGAUUCUAUAAAAAAAGAAAAUGAUAAUUGGGAUGGUAAUAAUAAUAAUAAUAAUACUGGUAGUAUUAAUAAUGAAAAUUUGCAUAAAGAAAAUAAUGAUUUCAAUGGAAAUUGUAAAUCAAAUAAAGAGUUUAAUAUGAAUAAUGAAAUCUUUAAAAAAGAAAAUUUAUAUCCUAACGCUCUAAAUAGUUAUGUUACUAAUGAUUAUAAUUACUAUUUAUAUAUUAUUCGUUUUAUUAGUAAUAUGCAAAAUAAAUAUAAUGAUCAAAUUAAAAAAAAAGUUAAAAAUACAAAUAAUAAAAUGUAUAAUAAUGUUUGUAUAAAUAUUUUAUGUAGUCAUAUAUUUCAUUCUAACUGCUUGAAAAAAUGGUGUUUCACUUCAUGUCCUAUUUGUAGAUAUAAACAAUAUAAUUAUCAAAUCGCUAGUUGUGAUAUUUGUGAAAAAACACAAAACGUAAAAAUUUGUUUAUUUUGUGGUUUUAUUGGAUGUUCAGUAAAUUAUGAUCAACAACGAAAAAUGAAAGAAAAAAAAAAAAAAAAAAAAAAUUUAAAAAAAAAAAGGGAAAUUAUAAGAAAAAUUUAUUGUGUUUUUUCAAGAAUAGCUGAUGAUUUUAUAAAAAAAGAUGAAAAUUUGCAUUAUUAUUAUAACAUAAAAAAGAUUAAAGACAAGAAUUAUGCUAAAAUGAAUGAAAUAGAAGAUUGCAAAAGCAAUAGCAUAAAAGAAAAUAAAGAAAAAUUCAAUAAAGAGAAUUAUUUAAAAAAAAAAAAGAUAAAUGAAUAUUCUGUCAACCAGAAAGAAAUUAAUUAUAAUAGAGAGGAAAAUGAAAAACUCUUAAGUGAAGAAAAAAAUAUUAAAGUUAAGCAUUUUAAUAAUAUAGAAAAUAGUAGAAAUAAUAAUAACAAAGAAAAUAACAAGGACAACAAAAUAAAUAAUUUAAUUUAUUUAAAUGAUAUUAGAAAGAUUAUUAAAAAGUUUAGAAAUUUCUAUAAGUUUAUAAGUAAAAAAAAAAAAAAAAAAAAGUGUACAAAAAUGGUAGAAAAAAUAGAAAAUGUAGAAAAUAACUAUUCAUUCACAAAAUAUCAAUUAAUAAAAAAUAAUUGCGAGAAGAAACAUUUCCAAAAAAAAAAAAAAAAGAAAAAAAAUAUCGUUGAUCAUGCAAAAAUUCAUUUUUGUAAAACUAAUCAUAAUUAUUUUUUUGAUGUUUUAAAAAAUUCUGUAUAUGAUUAUAGUAGUUAUUUAUAUAUUAAAAAAUUAAUAAAUUUAAAAAAUGAAAAUAAAAAUUUAAAAAAGAUAUACUCUGGAAACAUAUAUAUUAGUGGAAAAGAAGAAAUUAUAGAUAAAAAAAAUAUAAUUAUGUAUAUCUAUGAAUUUAAUCAAUUAUUAAGUGCUUUAUUAGAAAGUCAAAGAGAUCACUUUUUGUCCUGUAUUUAUGAUUUAAAAUUAAAUUAUGAAAAAAUUAAUAAAGAAAAUAUAAUUGAAAUAAAUAAAAAUAUAAAUGAAAUGAAAGUUUUAAAAGAAAAAAAUAAUAAUUUAAAAAGUGAUCUUAAUAAAAAAAUAAACUUACUUCUUGAUAAAGUUCAAACAAAUGAUGGGUUGUUGCAACAUUUAAGAAAUGUAGAAAUUAUAAAUGAAAAAUUAUGUGAGGAACAAAAGAAGGAAAUUUGUGAAUAUGAAUUUAAAAAAGAAAAUAACCAAAAAAUCAUAAAAGAAAAACAACAAAUAAUAAGAGAAUUAAGACAACAAAUAUUAGACUUAAGUUUUCACAAACAGGCAUCUUCUAAAUUUUCUCAAAAUUCAGAAAUCAAAAAUUCAUCAUUUAUGAUUGGAGAAAAAAUUAUGCAAAAAAAUAGGUUUAAAAGAAAAUAA